CAAUCUUAUCGGUAGAAAAAAAAGUUGCUGGACUGAAUUGCGACUCUGCAUCUAUCCAUCAAGUUCACGGCAAUGGCUACCAAAUCCGCAGCUGUUGGCAACAAGCGAAAGUCCGCUUCUAGCGGCAAGGCAAAAACUGAUUCCAAAGUUAAGAAGCCUCGACUUGAAGAGACCAAGGCCCGGAAGCAACCCGUCGAAGAGCCGGAGGACGAUGAUAUGGACGACGUUUCAGACGAGGAGGAUGGCGGUGCCGAACUGAGUGAACAGACUCCCCAGAAGUCUUCGACUGGUGCUCAAAAUGGAAAGAACUUUGAGCGAGGCCAAACUUCACGCGAAUCCCAUGCUAAACAAAAGCAGCUCGCCCAGGAGCGCAAGGCCGCUAAGCCUCUUGCUGACGAAGUUCAACGCACAAAGAAGCUGUGGGAACGGCUGCGACGAAAGUCUCACGUUCCCAAGGAGGAGCGACAGACAUUGGUCGACGAACUAUUCACCAUCAUCACGGGUCGCAUUAAGGACUUCGUUCUCAAGCACGAUGCUGUGCGAGCUGUUCAAACCGCCAUCAAAUACGCUUCACCUGAGCAGAGGAAGCAGAUUGCCCGUGAGUUGAAGGGUACAUAUGCUCAGCUUGCUGAGAGUCGAUAUGCAAAGUUCUUGAUCGGAAAGCUUCUUGUCCAGAACGAUGAAGAGAUCCGCGAUAUCAUCAUCCCCGAAUUUUACGGCCGUGUCCGAAAGAUGAUCAACCAUGCCGAGGCAUCAUGGAUCCUCGACGACAUUUACCGAGGCGUUGCGACAAAGGAGCAAAAGGCUAUUCUUCUCCGCGAGUGGUACGGUCCCGAGUUCUCUCUGAGGGAGCUCACCAAGGACACGGAGCCCACUGCCGACCUCAAGACUAUCCUGGAAGCUGAGCCCAGCAAGCGGAGCCCCAUUAUGAAGACUCUGGUUGACAUGAUUGGUUCUCUUGUCAACAAGAAGAUGACCGGUUUCACUAUGCUUCAUGAUGCCAUGUUCCAGUACUUCUCCAACACCCAAAUCGGUACGGAAGAGUUCACCGAGUUCUUCGAGAUGGUCAAAGGCGACGAGAGCGGAGAUUUGUUGAAGAACAUGGCUUUCACUCGUAAUGGCGCCAAGCUCACAUGCCUGCUUCUUGCCCAUGGCUCUUCAAAGGACCGAAAGCAGAUUCUCAAGACAUAUAAGGACACCUACCUCCUUAUGUCCGGCGACAUUUGGGCCCACCUUAUCCUCCUUGCGGCCUACGACGUUGUCGAUGACACCAAACUCACUGCCAAGACCAUCUUCCCCGAACUCAUCGGCGAGGGCGAGAACGUCGCCCAGAAUGUUGUCGCAACAGCCAACAACCCCUUUGCCAGGUCAACAAUUCUUUACCUUUUCGAGGGGUUAGCCAAGAGUCUCUUCCCUUCUAGCCAAUCAUUUGAUGUCGAACUUCUCAAGGAGGUUCACGAGAUCCGGAAGACAACAAGUAAGAAAGAUGAGGACAUUCGACGCAAUGAACUCAUUACUGCUGUUUCUCCCCAGCUCAUCACCGCCAUCGCAGAGGCACCCACUGAGCUGACCGCGACCGCUUUUGGGUGCCAGUUCAUUACCGACGUUCUUCUCUCAGGUGUCGGUGAGAAGCAGGCUGCUCUUGAGGCCAUUGCUCAGUCAGCCGGCGGUGACCCCAGCCAGGAGCCAGCCGAAGACGAUCUUCAACCCCAGAUCCACAUUUCACGGACACCUCACGGCGCUCGCAUGCUCAAGUCGUUAAUCCAAGGGGGCAAAUAUGAUAAAGCAGCUGGCAAGAUCAUCCCUGUAGACCCUCCUCUGGAAUUCUCCAACACUCUCUAUCCCGUCAUCAAGGAACACAUCAUGGACUGGGCCACCGGCCCCGGCUCAUUUGUUGUUGUGGGUCUCCUUGAGGCCCGUGACUUCAGUGAGGUUGAUGCGCUCAAGAAAACACUCAAGAAGAAUAAGAAGAUUCUCGAGAAGGCUGCGACAGAGGAGACAGCUGAGCAGAAGGCGACACGUGAGGCUCAGGAAACUGCGCCUAAGGGAGCUAAGAAGGGUAAGAAGAAGGGCGACAAGCCUGUUGGUAAUGCUGGUAGCAAGCUUUUGUUGGAGAAGCUGUAAACACGGUUUGAAGAUACUGGACAAUGGGUGGAGAGGAAGUGCUUUAUUUAUCAUAUAUCAGGCGUAUAAAACUAGGGUGUUUUUGACAAUGAUAUCACGGACUAUGAUAUGUUGCUUACCUAUCCAUUUUCUGACUGUCCAUUGCAGCCAAGUGAGCAGCACUG